GUACCCCAGAUGUGAAUGGUUUUCACCCGGAAACAGUAUUAGGCGCAUGCGCCGUGUCUUCUCACGCAAGCGUAACAAACAUGGACGCAUUCGGCGAAGGCACAAAGAAGGAAAUGGCGAUUCUGAAGAGAAGCCGCGACGAGGAGGAUGAAUCCCACUUGACGAGGAAGCCGGAGGUCGACGUCGACCACAACACGAACGUGGCCAACCACUACAACCGGCUCCAAGAGGUCGGACUGGCCGCGCGUAGCCAAAGCCGCAUCUUCUUCAUGCGGAACUUCAACAACUGGAUGAAAAGCGUCCUCAUCGGCGAGACUGUGGAGAAGGUGCGCGACAAUGGCCAGCAGCACCUCUCUGUGCUCGACCUGGGCUGCGGCAAGGGCGGCGACCUGCUCAAGUGGCGCAAGGGUGGCAUAGGCCACCUGGUGUGCGCCGACAUCGCCAGCGUGUCGGUGGAGCAGUGCCGCAGCCGCUAUGAGGACUUGCGGAGGAAGAGCCACCGAGACGAGGGCAUGUUCAGCGCCCAGUUCAUCAUGGCCGACUGCACCAAAGAGCCGCUGGCCGACAAGUUCGACCGGCCCGGCCUGACGUUCGACAUCUGCAGCUGCCAGUUUGUGUACCACUACUCGUUUGAGAGCGAGGCCAAGGCCGACAUGAUGCUGAGGAACGCCUGCGAGUGCCUCAAGCCCGGCGGAUACUUCAUUGGAACCACGCCCGAUGCCUACGAGCUGGUGAAGAGGCUGGAGGCGUCUCACUCGCUCUCCUUCGGUAACGAUUUGUUCCAGGUGUCCUUCCAGGCCCGGGGCGACUAUCCGCUCUUCGGUUGCCAGUACCACUUCAACCUGGACCAGGUGGUGGACGUCCCGGAGUUCCUGGUCUACUUCCCGCUGUUUGAGCGCAUGGCGUCACGCUACGGCAUGCGCCUGGUGACCAAGCAGCGCUUCUCAGAGUUCUUCCGCGAGAAGGUCAAGCUGAGCCAUCACCGCAGCCUCAUGAUGAAGAUGGCAUCACUGGAGGAGUUCCCAGGCGAUCAUGGUGGGCGCCCGGUGUCCGAGGGCGAGUACCAGCACGCCCGCGAGCACUGUGACCGGGCGGGCAACGCUGGGAUUCGUUUGGGUACGCUCAGCAGGUCUGAGUGGGAAGCGGCCAGCAUCUACCUGGUGUUUGUCUUCCAGAAGAUGUCCUGAUGGGAGAUACUACACAUCCUAGAAUGCACUGCAAACAACUGAUCAUACAGAACCCCAGACAUGACAUGGAGAGGGGGGGGGGAAAUUUAUGCACAAAAUGCUAAUUUUUGGCCCUGAAAUACAAAAUGUUGGCCAUAAUACAAGAUUUUAGUUAAGAAAUGCUCAUUUUUGGCCACAAAAUACCAAUUUGUGGCUGGAAUUAAGUAUAAUGUGCGUACAAAAGACUAAUUUGUGGCCACAAAAUAUUGUGGUCAUGAAGUUGGUGUCAUGUAUUUAUAUAUUUUAUUUUAUUUUUUUAUUUCUAAGACGUCCUAAAUGAGAAAAUACAACCUCUACAAUGUAAUGUCAGGAACUGACCCACUUGGAGCCCCAGACAUGACAAAAAAAAUGUGGCGACAAUAUAGACAUAACAUAUGCACAAAAUACAAAAUUCUGGCCAGAAAAUGGUAAUUUGUGGCAUUGAGUUUGGUGUAACAUGGGUACGAAAUGCUAAUUUUUGGACACCACAUACCAAAGUUUGGCCACACAUUAGGUAUAACGGGUAUGAAAUGUUAAUUUGUAGCCACAAAAAAAAAUUGUCACAAAGUGCUAAUGUGAUGGCUUGAAUUAGAUGUAAUGUGUGCAAAAUGCUAAUUUGUGGCUACUAAAUUGUAAUAUUGGAUUUUUUAAUUUGGUAUCGUGUGCGCACAAAAUACUCAAUUGUGGCCAUGAAUUUUAUCUAGUACCUUUUCUAGAACAGGUACAUUGGACUGAGAUGGCGUAUUGCAGUUUCGGGCGAGGGUGUGCUUCAUUAGCUUACACAGACAUCAGUUGUUCUUGGGAGUGACAUUAAAAACGCACAUUAGUAUUUCGUGCACAUUAUAUCAACAUUGUGGCCACAAUUUUUUUUUUUGUCCUCUCCAUUUAAUGUCUGGGGCUCUGUGACCCAAGCACACCUUUUUAUUUUAUUUUAUUUUCCUCAUCACUGCUGCUUUGAAACACCCCCUGUAUACUUUAGUUUAAAAGAGAGGACAAUCUUCAAAGAAAAAUUAUGGAAAAGUGACUGUAAUUUUUUGUAUCCAAAUAGUUGGGACUGUGGAUUGCUUACCCACCCGUCCAGUGUAAAAUGACAUAACCAAGUAAAUCUUUUGUUUCCCAAAAGAAUGAGACAGAUUAUUAUUAUUUUUUUGGUGUCACAGUUUUACUAAUUUGCAUAAUCAAGCCCCACAUAAAAUUUCUCCCUCGACUUGGCAGCUUGGCUGGGUGAAGAUCUGCCGUUUUCAAGCCAUGGUCGGACAACACUGGCUGCAACACAAUCAUGGCCAAGCCUGUUACAAAAUUGAGUAAAAUGGAAAGUUAAAGCCUAAUUACUGUAAUGUAUUUUUUGUUAAAUAAAAAAUAUUACUCAUCA